UUCGCAGACCUUGUUGUCGGGUUUUUUCGUAAGUUUAUUUUUUGUCUAACCUGUCUCUGUCUCAUGUCAGUUUUAUUUUAUUUGGAUAUUUCUCCUAUUAUCUGCGAGCAUUGAUUUUGAAUUGAAAAGUUAAUCGCAUUUGUGGAAUGAAUUUGUGCAGUUUUCUCAAGCCGUAGCACUCUGCCCUCUUACCGCCUCUCACGUAUUUACACUUUGCAGAUUGUCAGCCCGUGCUAGUGCUGUGUCUAAUUCUGAUUUCAUCAUUCUCGGCAACAGCCGCCGAAUACCGUCGUAGACAAUAGUUGACUAGUACUUCACUUUGGUUUUCGAUAUCCCAUUCUCUAUUAACAGUUAUGGAGGAAUACGCCAGAGAACCCUGUCCAUGGCGCAUCGUCGACGACUGCGGUGGUGCAUUCACCAUGGGCGCCAUCGGUGGAUCGGUGUUCCAGAGCAUCAAGGGUUUCCGCAAUGCUCCCUCAGGCAUCACCAAACGCCUGGCCGGAUCCAUGUCGGCCAUUAAGCAGCGGGCCCCCAUUAUCGGAGGAAACUUUGCCGUGUGGGGCGGAUUAUUCUCGUGUAUCGACUGCUCGCUGGUGGCCAUUCGGAAGAAAGAGGAUCCGUGGAACUCUAUUUCCAGUGGCGCACUGACGGGCGCCAUUCUCGCCGUCCGUCAGGGCGUCCCCGCGAUGGUGGGGUCGGCGGUGAUUGGCGGGGUGCUCUUGGCCAUGAUUGAAGGCGUGGGAAUAUUGUUUUCCCGGAUGUCCGCUGAACAGUACCGCCCCAUCAGUCCCCUGGAAAUGGAGCGGAUGGAACGCGAGGAAAGAGCCAAAUUGUUUGAUGAGAGCAAAAUGGCUGCAACCGGCCCUUUUGGAUUCAUGGGUCAAACUGCCCCUCAGUGAUCAGCAUUUUUCCCCUUGGAAAAUCAUGCUUUGAAUGAUCUAACAGCCACGCGUCCUACCAAGUUUCGGGUUGUCAACAGCUGGAAGAACUAUUUUGUUCCGGUCAUCCGGAAACUUUGACUACGGUAUGCGGUGUUUUUGUGUCUUUGUCCCUGGUAUGAAGCUUGUUAAAUGAAUUAGAAUUGCUUAAUUGUUAUUGACUUUGUCUAAUGGGUGCGCAAAUUUUCCGGGAUGAGGGAUGGAAUGAAUGGCUUACUAUACUUCGAUUAAAACGUUUUGC